AUGGCUUCAUUUCUUGUUUGCCUGGGACGAUUCGCCUUUUUUAUUUUAAUGGGAAUACAAUCUUUUUCACUUGCUUCAUAUCCAGCGACAUACGAAGAUAAAGAUGGCUUUUACGCGUUAGUACUUUUCUACCUUCUCCCUCUUGGACUGUGGCUUUUUAUCAUGUGCAAAGACGACAACCUUCAAUGGCUAUUUGUUGUUUGGUUGCUGUACACGAUUGUCUUCGUGAUCUUUAUUGGAGUUAUUUUUGGAGGGGAUGAACCACUUGAGAACAAACUAAAAAACUUUAAGGAGGAAUUUCUUGGUCCAAAUGUGUUGAAGAUGACCCUAUGCCUGUCUCCCGUUCUACUGUUGUUGCUUUUGAGCACAGGUACAGAUUCGAUGUCUUACAUAGAGCUGACUGGGAUGCUCUCCCUUCGAAUUGCACUGGAUCUGUUCGAUGGAGUGGAAAUGUUGGAAGUAAUUCUCGACGAAAACGAACUAAGCCAUGAUAUUCCAAGAAAGUUUGAAAAAGGCAUACGUAAUUGGAGUUGUCUGUUUCAGCUUCUUGUUGUCGACGCUGCAGCUGUUGGAGAUAAAGCUGGAUUAUGGUGACUGGAAACCUCGGAAGUGGACAUGAGUAUCGAUGAUCACGAAAAACUCUUCAGAUUCAUUUCGUUAACUGUGUGUUUCUGGGGCAUCGUUUGACAAUCUACCUAAAGUUUGGCAAGGACGCAUCCAUUUUCAUCGCUAAAAAUGGUAUAAUAACAAUUCUGAGUCUAUUUGAGAUAUGUUCCACGUUCCAAGUGUGUGGAUGUCACGACUACUAGUAGUCAGUCUAAAGAAAGACAGUACUUCUUUAUCUUCAGUAGCAAUCAGUUUGGAAGUAACUUAACUAUCAUACUGCUAAGCACCUCUUGAGUUUGGAGUUGGUUUGUUGACCUGAGUCACGAGGUCGACGUGCGCUUUAAUAUUGAAUUCCGACCGUUUUAUCAUUUUGUAAGUCGUUUUGCCGUUUGCGACCAAACUGUUUUCAAUUUGUUGAAAGGACCCAAAGAAGGCCCCAAACGCCUCUGCUAGUCACGCUAGUCACUCAUAUGCAACAUAUUCUGAUGCCUAUUUUUAGUAUCAAUAGUGCAAUAAACGCAUUCGUGGAGACAAGUUUUAGGUAAAGAAAAAGCUUCAAUGAGUACCGGUAGGUUUUAGAAGAAACAGUUUAUUUAUACUGAAAAUAUAAUAAUUUGAAAGGAUCAAUUUUUUUGAAAAUUAGAUAAGCUUAUAAUAGUUACUGUGAAUUCAGUCAGCCGUAAAUUUCCGGCAUCUUUCUCGGAAAGAGACCUUUUAAAGCCCAACGAUUUCUCGGAAAUUCUAAGCCAUCAGAAGAAUUCGUCGCUGUCAAAUAAGUUGAAGAAAUGACUGACAUCUGGACUGUCAUAUAAUUUUUAGCUUGUUUGCAAAAAGCUGGGAAUUUCCCUGGUGUAAAGGGAAAAGUCCCAUUGCCUCGCUCAGAAUAAGAGUUGAUGUGGUGUUUUCUUAUUGGCUGGUCAUUUUGCAAUUGCCUUAUUAAAAUUCAUAUCGAUGACUUUUUUCUUCAGUAGCAGGCUUUUUACCGAAGAGAUGGCCUCGUUUCUUGUGUUGGGUGGACGUGUAUUAUUUCUUUUUUUAAUAAUCACUCAAAGUUUGAUGCUUGCUGCUUAUCCAGCAACAUAUAAAGACGACUCUAAUUGGUAUGCUGUUGCUAAUUCACAAGCUCCCUCAGUUAUCAUCUGGCUCAGCCUCGUGCUGUUCAGUGGGGCAAAACUUCAACGAUUGUUUUAUGUCUGGGGUUUCUACAUCAUCGGCCUAGUUAUAAGCAUUGCCAUCGUGUUUGGCUUCGUUGGAGACGUCCUUGACAACAAACGGUUCCUUGGACCAAAUGUUUUGAAGACUGUACUCUGCAUCACUCCUCUUCUUCUCCUGUUGUUGUUAAACACUGCCAAAGAUGGAAGCAAUUACAAAGAAGUGCUGUCCAAGUUGUGUUUUUACGUGACGGUUGACCUCUUCGACAGCGUUGAGAUGCUAGACAUCGUUCUGGACGAAAAGGAGCACAACUAUGGGAUUCCGAAAGAAUUUGGAGAUGGCAUGAUCGCCUUGGCUUGCCUAAGUUUGCUGCUCUCUCCCUGGCAAAUGGCGGAAAAUAAUCUGAAGAAAGAAAAACCCAAGAAACGUACGGCAGUACUACGAAACAUUUUUGAAAUAGUUAUCGACCUUGUAUUCUUAAUUGUCCGCCUUGUGAUUGUAUUCAAAUACAAGAAGGACGAGUCUAUCUUUAUCGCCAAGAAUGGUAUCGGAAUAAUUCUCUCCAUAUUCGAGAUCCGCGACCUGCUGAGCUGACAGUAUAAGACUAUAAUUAUGCGUUUUCUUAAAGGGCUACAUAGUUUUUCAUUUUGUAAAAUAUAUAUCUUUUUAUAUAUAACAAGAGAGAAUAAAAUUCUCUCUUGUAUAUAACUACAGUUGAGUUCCACACUGCUAAACCCAGGAUGGUGCUCAGCAAUUAUGGAGCGGGAACAAAGCUUUUCUACUCAAUUUUGUUUCAUAUGGACUUUAAUACAGAACUGUUUCGUAGGCCAACAAAGCGUUGACCCACUCAUCGGCUAAAUUCCAUAUACACUGAAGUAUCGUUAGAGCUUAAAUAUAUAUAUACAUCAGCAACAUGAUCUAGCCGUUACAAUAUUCGAACGUAAAAAGACAACAUAUGUAUGUAAACUUAUGAUUCGUACUUAAGGAUGCGAUUGAAUUUAAGGAGGAACUUCCGCUUGUGCCUACAAGUUGAUGUAAGUUCGUUACGCUUAUUAAGUGUUGCCAUGUCCGGUUUAAAUAGAAUAUAGAAUUUCUCUGACCUGUACUACACAGGUUAAAUAAUAGGAAAGAACCAUAAACAAAGAACUAAGCAAACACAUAUGGAAGCUAAAAGAUCAAAAGAAAGACUUGACGAUCUCCUGGAAAAUUCUGACCAAGGCGAAAUCUUAUACCCGAAUCUUACCAAACGAUGUAACCUGUUGAUGUUGAUUAUAAAAGUAAACGAUUAAAGAUUGAAAUCAAUGUCUGAAACAGUGUGACAUAUUAUAUUUCAGCAUCCAUUGCACCGGAUAUUCAGCGUUCACUUUAGGGGGUCUUAGACAGGUAGAAAAGGAGAAUCUGCUCUAAGAUCUUGGAUUCCAAACUAUUUAUUAAAUAACUAAAGAGAGUACGCGAGUUCUGAUUGGUUAUAAACCUAUAGUUUAAUGUGCCGGUAAACUCAUAGUGUUACUUAAAGUUAUUUCAUAAAAGCAAUAGACCACACUUUCUAUGGGUAUCCCAACAUCCCGCGUAGGUUAUCACGCCGGUAAACUCAAAGAAAGUGUAGUCUAUUGCUUAAAUAAACAAUUCUACCAGCAAAGGCACAGAAACAGUAAUGAUCACCGAGCUUGCAGAUCGACACAGACACCUCCCUAAAAUGGUCCCGCUGCUAGCCUUGAUUAAUUAUCCUCUCUAUAAGGCGGGAUUCUUUGAUAAACAGGCACUCAGUGUCAAUCCUCUAACGACGUUAGUUUCAUGUGCAACAGAAUUUACCAGCACGUGAUAAGUUUUUGGUUGCUUAGUGACCGUACAGAGCAGAGUCCAAUUUUUAAGUCGUGAACGGAAACGGAGACUGCCGCUAGUUGGGAAAGAUCCAGAGAAGCCAACAUAUUAGCACACUACAAAUAUUGAUUCCUUUUUGCGAAAGCCCUAGACUAGCCUAGCUUACCAGGAGCUGUGCUUGAGAUUUUGCUCGGCUUCGGACGAUCAAGCGUCAAAGCGGACACGCAAAUUAUAUAAUUUGUCGAGGUCGUCUCAAAAUCAAGGCAUGGCUUCUUGUCUAGUACGCUUUGGAAGAUUUGCUUUUUUCGUUCUUCUUGGCCUUCAAGCCUAUUCGCUUGCUUCGUAUCCAGCGAAGUACAAAGAGAACUACGGUUACUAUGGGUUGACAGCCGUUUUUCUUCCAGCAUUCGUCCUGCGGCUUUGCAUUAUGAUCUCGAAUAAACACCUUCAAUGGUUAUUUGUUGUUUGGCUGCUGUAUGUCAUUGGAUUUGUGAUCCUCAUAGGAUUCAUUUUUGGGGGAACUGCGCCAGUAGAAGACAGAUUUAAGUGGACUACCAAAAGCUCAGGCGACGUGAACAACCUAACCAACUGUAACGAGUCAACAAACGUAACCAACGCAACCAACUCAACUACAUCUCUAAGUCACUCAACAAAUUUAACCUUCUCGACGGAACAAAAACAAAUGGAGUUUUUUGGUCCAAAUGUCCUAAAGAUGACCCUUUGUCUCACUCCGAUUCUUUUGCUACUUCUUCUAAGCACAGGGGUGGACUCCAUUCGCUACAGAGAACUGAUGUGGAUGUUGUCUCUACGCAUUGCACUCGACCUGUUCGAUGGCAUCGAAAUGCUGGAGGUUAUCCUGGAUGAAAAUGAGCUCAGUCGCGACGUUCCAAGGUCGUAUGAAAAUGCAAUAAUCGCUUUUGUCUGCUUGGCCUUUCUGUUUUCGCCGAUGCAGCUUAUAGAAGUCGAACUGGGGGAUAUGCGUCCCGGAGGUUGGGAACUUGACAAGUGCACAACGACCUUACGAAUAGCUCUUCAGAUUCUCUGCGUCAACGGUGUUCUUCUGGGGCUUCGGCUUGGACUCUUCUUUGGGUAUGGCAAGGAUGCGUCUAUUUUCAUUUCUAAAAAUUGUAUCGUUAUUACUUUGAGUCUUUUUGAGAUAUGUUCUCUCUACGAACGCUGUGGCUGUGAAGAUGAAUCGCCAUUCUGGUAG